GGCAGAGAACCUCCUCCUGGAUGCUGACAUGAAUAUUAAAAUAGCAGACUUUGGCUUCAGUAAUGAGUUCACUGUUGGUGGGAAACUGGACACUUUCUGUGGUUCUCCUCCAUACGCUGCUCCUGAGCUCUUCCAGGGUAAAAAGUAUGAUGGUCCAGAGGUGGACGUGUGGAGUCUGGGUGUGAUCCUCUACACUCUGGUCAGUGGCUCUCUGCCGUUUGACGGACAGAACCUUAAGGAGCUCAGAGAGCGAGUGCUGCGAGGAAAGUAUCGUAUCCCUUUCUACAUGUCCACGGACUGUGAGAAUCUGCUGAAACGCUUCCUGGUGCUGAACCCAGGGAAGCGAGGGACUCUGGAGCAAAUCAUGAAGGAUCGCUGGAUUAACGCCGGAUUUGAUGAAGAGGAGCUGAAGCCCUUCACUGAGCCGGAGCUGGACAUCAGGGACCAGCAGAGGAUCGACGUGAUGGUGGGGAUGGGUUACUCCAGAGAGGAGAUCAACGACUCGCUCGCCAAGAUGAAGUACGAUGACAUCAUAGCCACCUAUCUGCUGCUGGGUCGCCGGGCUGCUGAGAUGGAGGUGAGCGACUCUUCGUUCUCCAGCGGUGUCUCUCUGCUCAAGCCUCGUCCGUCCAGCAGCACUCAGUCUCCUGCUCACCUCCUUGUCCAACGCUCUUCCUCCUCCUCAUCCUCCAAACAGCGGAGGUACAGUGACCAAGUGUGUCCGGUGUCCUCGGGUGCUCCUCACCCCAGGAGGAGUCAGACGGGAGCGUCAGCAGAGGGGGAGGUGAAGCAGGAGGUUGGAGGUCAGAACAGGAAGUCCAGUCCUGUGGAGGGGGGCAGUCCUCUGCUGGGGAACGCCAACAACCCCAACAUGGCCGACAUCCCUGAGCGAAGGAAGACGUCAGCCACGCCCACUGGAGGAUCGUCCAGUAUGACGAGGAGGAACACGUACGUCUGCAGCGAGAGGAGCUCCACGGAUCGACACUCUGUGGUCCACAACGGCAAGGAGAACAGCUCAGCAACCACCCCCACCCAGAGAUCGGUGGGCGGAGCCUCCACCCACAGCGUGACCAGUGGGGCGACGCCUCCUGACCGGCUGCGUUUCCCUCGGGGGACGGCGAGUCGCAGCACCUUCCAUGGAGGUCAGCUCCGAGAGAGACGCACCGCCACCUACAACGGCCCCCCCGCCUCACCCAGCCUGUCACAUGACGCAACACCUCUCGCCCAAUCACGAGCCAGAGGAUCCACCAACCUGUUUUCCAAGCUCACCUCCAAACUCACACGAAGAGGGGUUUCAGAGGUCGAGAGGAAUGGGAGACCUGAAGGGUCCAGUCGUAACGUGUCAGAUCAGAAGGACGAGCCUGGUUCUCCUGCUGCUCCUCACCUGAAAGAGUCGAAGCCCCGCUCCCUGAGGUUCACCUGGAGUAUGAAGACCACGUCCUCCAUGGAACCUCUGGACAUGAUGAGGGAGAUCAGAAAAGUGCUGGACGCCAACAACUGCGACUACGAGCAGCGAGAGCGCUUCCUGCUGCUCUGCGUCCACGGAGACGGACACGCCGACAGCCUCGCCCAGUGGGAGAUGGAGGUGUGCAAACUACCCCGCCUCUCUCUCAAUGGAGUCCGAUUCAAACGGAUUUCAGGAACGUCCAUCGCCUUCAAGAACAUCGCCUCCAAGAUCGCCAACGAGCUCAAACUGUAGAGACAGACAGAGACAGACAGAGACAGGUGUAGAGAGCGCAGACAGGUGGACCGUGCAGGUGGGUUUGUUACCGAGUUUCAGUCUCUGCAGGUCGAUUUGAAAACGAGCAGCAGGUGUCUGUGACUCAGCGUCUGUCAUCAGUGUGUGGCUCCUCGUCCUCCAUCCCCCGGGCCCCGCCCCGGCUCUUCACACUGAUCUGGUUCAUACUGGAGGACAGGGUCCUGGAGGACAGGGUCUGUGAUGGCUGAUUCGCUGCAGGUUCAACUUCAGUCAGACAGGAAAUAAAACGAGUUUUCUUCGACUGGAUUCUACGUGAAAGUGUGGAGACGACGUGCAGUCAGAGUUUAUCUACAGGAACCUUUGUGUUCAGUGUUCUUCAGUGUUCUUCAGUGUUCUCACACUUUCCUUUGUUAAUCAUUUGCUUAAUAAAACACCAGAAAACAGUGAAAUGAGUCAUAGAGAGUCUGAAGUGAUGCUAACGCUGACCUGCUAAUGGGCUCUGAGCCUUCAGCAGGAACUCCAUUCACUUUUCUGCUGUUUUUAUUCAGAACCUUCGUCUCUGUCUCUCUCUCUGUCUCUCUCUCUCUCCCCCUCUCUCAUGAAUGGUUAGGUAAUUGGUGUAUAUUCAUUGAUCAUUGGUUAUUGAUGAUGCAGCCCACACACCGAUGCUGACCUCACUGUCUCUCAUUAAACUAUCUCUCUGUAUGGGGUUUCCCUCACCUGCGCAGGGGCAGCUCUACAUCGCACUUGUAAUUGAAUGAACAUGGCUGAUUGCUGCAAAGGAUCAUGGGACUUGGAGUCACAGGAACUGUUCUGUGAUGUUCAUUUUCGUUUUAUUUUGAAAGAGGCUCUGCAGUGACUGACCCUGAGGUGUUUUGGCCACACCCACUGGAGAAGAGGGCGGGAUCAGAUUGGAGGGGGCGGGGUCUGUGUGGCCAGACUGGUCGGUGAGUCGGUGUGAAUGUAAAUAGUUUGACAGACUCACCUGGUCUUCAUGUGGAUUUGUUUCCUCUUUUAUACAUGUGAGCAGUCAGCUGAUUGUCAGCUGAUCAUCGACUGAUUGGCGGCUGACUGUCAGCUGAUGAAUGGCUGCUUGUUGUUGUUUGUUCACUGAACCUCAGGUUCACCCGUGUCUCAUUAAAGUCCUUGAACGCA